UGUCCAAAAUCCUCGGAUUAAACUUUAAAGGUCUCUGCACUCAACGCCAUAAACACCAAAAUCCAAACCUUCAAAUUACAAACGUGUAAUACACGCGCUUUUCGAAGGACCUCUUGCUAAAACCGGGGACACUGGUUUACAUACCGUAUUCACCUUUUCUCUUUUUGGCUUCUGGAUAUUCUAGCCAGAUAUACUAUUUCCUCAUUCAAGUUCUUCCUCAACAACAAAGAAUCAGGUUGGUAAGCAGUAGAACUUAUGAUGCUUGAAUGUUAGAAGAGGCAUUUUUGAGUAAAGAUAUAAACUUCGUGCGGAAUUCAUCACCAAAAGGCAUCAAGAAUGGCAGCAGCCACGCCUUUGAGGAGGUUGUUGUCAUGUGUCAUCCUAGAUUUAGAUGGUACUCUUCUUAAUACAGAUGGCAUAGUUGGUGAUGUCUUAAAAGUGCUUCUUGGAAAGUAUGGGAAACAAUGGGAUACAAAAAUGGCCCUCCAGAUUGUAGGGAAGACACCAAUUGAAGCUGCAACUGCUAUUGUAGAGGAUUAUAAGCUCCCUUGCACGACUGAUGAAUUCAUGUCGGAAAUUACCCCAAUGUUUUCUGAACGGUGGUGCAAUAUUAGAGCUCUCCCUGGUGCCAACCGAUUAAUUAAACAUUUGAAGCAACAUGGUGUACCCAUGGCAUUGGCUUCAAAUUCUCCAAGGGAAAGCAUAGAAACUAAACUAUCCUACCAUCAAGGCUGGAAAGAAUCCUUCUCUGCUAUCGUCGGUGGUGAUGAGGUGAGAAUGGGGAAGCCAUCUCCUGAAAUAUUCCUUGAGGCAGCUAAGUUGUUGAAUGCUGAGCCUUCUAACUGCCUUGUCAUUGAGGACUCAUUACCUGGGGUUGGAGGUGCUAAGGCUGCUGGAAUGGAAGUGGUUGCCGUACCAUCAUAUCCAAAACAAUCCCAUCUUUAUGCUUCAGCUGAUGAGGUGGUCAACUCUCUGCUCGACCUGCGACCUGAAAUCUGGGGCUUGCCUCCUUUUCAAGACUGGAUCAACGGUACUCUGCCUAUUGAACCAUGGUAUAUAGGAGGUCCUGUUAUUAAAGGCUAUGGGCGAGGCUCAAAGGUACUUGGGAUACCUACAGCAAAUUUAUCAACGGAGGGCUGGUCAGAUAUACUCUCUUACCAUCCCUCUGGGGUAUACUUUGGUUGGGCUGGAUUAUCAACUCGAGGAGUCUAUAAGAUGGUCAUGAGUAUUGGUUGGAAUCCAUACUUCAAUAACACUGAAAAUACUAUUGAGCCAUGGCUACUUCAUGAUUUCAAUGAGGAUUUCUAUGGGGAAGAACUACGUCUUGCCAUCGUUGGCUACAUACGACCAGAGGCCAAUUUUUCUUCCCUAGAGAGCUUGAUAUCAAAGAUUCACGAGGAUGGGAAAAUAUCAGAGGAAGCUCUCGAUCUUCCCCUGUAUGCAACCUACAAGGACGUCCCAUCUGUGAAAAACCCUUUGCAGCUGAAUGAGCAUCCAUGAAGAGAACCUGUUUGCAGAAGAUUCCCUGAAUAUCAAGUAACAACCCAUUUUUAAGAGAUGAUUAUAAUAAAAAAGUUGCAGUUGUAUUAUUCUUACUACUGAAAGAGAGGAAAGACAUCUGCCAUUCCCCAAAGAACAUAAUAAGGUGCCAAAGAGCAAUAAAAGUACUAAUUAUUGAGUAGCACCAUUAUGUGGGAUUGCACAAAGUAAAAUUUUAUUUUAUGCUGCAAUCAGGUUGGGAUUGAAUGAACUACUCUCUGGGCCUUCUCUCAAUAAGAUUCUUUUUUUCCUUUUCUGUGGAAGGGAUUCGGUUGUCCUUUUGUAUUCGUAAAGGAAAGCAGUAAAAUGACCAACCACCAGCUCCCAGUUUGAUUCAAAA